GUGUGCCUUGCCUAGUUUCACUUGAUACUCUUCAGGAAUUAUGUAGAAAAGAAAAGCUCACAUGUAAAUCGAUUGGAAUCACCAAAAGGAAUCUAAACAAUUAUGAGGUGGAAUACUUGUGUGACUACAAGGUAGUAAAGGACAUGGAAUAUUAUCUUGUAAAAUGGAAAGGAUGGCCAGAUUCUACAAAUACUUGGGAACCUUUGCAAAAUCUCAAGUGCCCAUUACUACUUCAGCAAUUCUCUAAUGACAAGCAUAAUUUUUUAUCUCAGGUAAAGAAAGGCAAAGCAAUAACUCUUAAAGACAAUAAUAAAGCUUUGAAACCUGCCAUUGCUGAAUACAUUGUAAAGAAGGCUAAACAAAGGAUAGCUCUGCAAAGAUGGCAAGAUGAACUCAACAGAAGAAAGAAUUAUAAAGGAAUGAUAUUUGUUGAAAAUACUGUUGACUUAGAGGGCCCACCUUCGGACUUCUACUACAUUAAUGAAUACAAACCAGCUCCUGGAAUCAGUUUAGUAAAUGAAGUUACCUUUGGUUGUUCAUGCACAGAUUGCUUCUUUGAGAAAUGUUGUCCUGCUGAAGCUGGAGUUCUUUUGGCUUAUAAUAAAAACCAACAAAUUAAAAUCCCACCUGGUACCCCCAUCUAUGAAUGCAACUCAAGGUGUCAAUGUGGACCUGAUUGUCCCAAUAGGGUUGUACAAAAAGGCACACAGUAUUCCCUUUGCAUCUUUCGAACUAGCAAUGGCCGUGGCUGGGGUGUAAAAACACUUGUGAAGAUUAAAAGAAUGAGUUUUGUCAUGGAAUAUGUUGGAGAGGUAAUCACAAGUGAAGAAGCUGAAAGACGGGGCCAGUUAUAUGACAACAAAGGAAUCACGUAUCUCUUCGAUCUAGACUAUGAAUCUGAUGAAUUCACAGUGGAUGCAGCUCGAUAUGGAAAUAUAUCUCAUUUUGUGAAUCACAGUUGUGACCCAAAUCUUCAAGUGUUCAAUGUUUUCAUUGAUAACCUCGAUACUCGUUUUCCUCGAAUUGCAUUAUUUUCCACGAGAACCAUAAAUGCUGGAGAAGAGCUGACUUUUGAUUAUCAAAUGAAAGGUUUGGGAGAUAUAUCUUCAGAUUCUCUUGACCAUAGCCCAGCCAAAAAGAGGAUCAGAACUGUGUGCAAAUGUGGAGCUAUGACUUGCCGAGAUGAAAAAUCUCCAAGAAGCCGUCUCUAAAAGUCCAGAAUACGUAGCCAUUAUACUUUUCUGAAAGGAUGAAGCAGUGGGACCAGGUGGGUGUUGUGGAGUGCUAGUUAGGGGAAAUGGAGCAUUUUAAGGACGCCUCUUAAAACAUGAAUUAGGAUAUCCAUGUUGAGUAUUGGGUACCUCUGGUCUAAACAGUAAAACAAGAUACCCUGGGAACAGCUGUACCUAGUGAUAGCGUUUCACACAAGUACAUUAACAUUACAUCUUCUGUAUUUCAGGCAGUUUUAACAUUUCCUUUCCACAACAUUUAAUUUUUUUAUUUCCUACAGACUUUUCUUAAAAAGUAAUCUGUAUUUUGAACUGAUAACUUGUUUUAUAUAUGAAUUUUUUAGAUGUAACAAAGCUAACUUGAGUUGGCCAGAGUAGGUUUUUUGUGUGCCUGAAUUAUGAGACCAUUUAUUAGUUGAACUACAAAGACUGAAAUGCAAUAUACUAGGUUUUUAUUUUAUUUUCUCUGCAUCGUAAAGCCUCAGUCGGGAAAAAUUACGUUUUCAUCUCUUUCUGAUUCUGGGAUUCCUAAUCAUGGUGUCCAGUAAGAAGAUAAAUGCAGCAAAUAAAUUUAGUUUUCAGUAUUCCCAAUUAAGUUUUGGAAACCCUGGUGGUGUAGUGGUUAAGUGCUGCUGGCGUUCGAAUCUACCAGGUGCUCCUUGGAAACCCUAUGGGGCAGUUCUACUCUGUCCUAUAGGGUCGCUAUGAGUUGCAAUCGACUCAAUGGCAACGGGUUUGGUUUUUUUUGGUUUUAAUUAAGUUUUACCUAAACUCAUUCCGCUAAGCUUUAGUGGCCUAAAUAAGCUUGGGUAAAAUUGAACUGACUUCAAGAAUGUAGCACUUCAAAUAUCUUCUUAAUCCUUAAUCCUUUUUUGGGAGAAACUAUGCUUUUAUUCAUUAUAUUCCAUCACAUGAUUUUGCUCUCAUAAUGUAGAAUAAAUUGACAUGUUUGGAGCCUUAGUAUAUCUACUAACCAAAAUGUGCAGAAUGCCUUAAGGCAAAUAGAUUUUUAAUGCCAUUCCUUAUGAAAAAUUAGUGAUGUAGUGUCAGUGCCAAGAAAGGGUCGCAGACUUACGGUUGCUCCCAGUUGCCACGCUUCAAAUUAUAAUUCUCACAGAUUUAAAGAUGUAAUCUUAACAUCCUUUUUAAAAAGUCAGUGUUUUACUCUCUAGUUAUUUGAUCUUAUCUGAUUUUUAUGUGUUAAAAAAUGUAAAACUGGAGGGCAAAGGAAAAAAGGCUAUUUCCAGUAAACCUGUACUUUUGUCCUUGUUAAUAGAAAUUUAACAGGCCUUUGAGAUCUUAAGUACCUUUGUUACUCUUACGUUGUUAAAGAGCUGAACUUAAGCAGUAACAUAACAAACUAUUUAAACAAAGCUGUUAGGAGCUUUAACUAUUGUAAGUCAACAUUUAGCAUCCUUAGUUUCCUGAAGUUGUCAGAAUUUGUUCUGUCCAAUAUAAAGCAAAUAUUCAAGGGUAAUAUUUAGAUCAAAUUUAAAAUGUAAGUUAAUCCACUGUACAAGUUGUAUCAAUACCAUUGUUUUCAGUAUCUACAUAAAGGGAUUGUGAAACACAGUUGGUAAUCUCAGGGUUUUUUCCCGAUACAUGCAAGAUAUAGACUGCACUUACUUUUCUUAUAGCUGAACACUUUCUCCUUAGCAAAAUAAAUUUAGUUUGGCAUUUGAUGUUCUAUUUAUAUGUUAGCUUUGUUUCUGAAUAUUUGACUGUCAUUUUUUAGUAAGGCUACAAAAAAGGGCAGAAAAAUACUGAUGUAUUACAGACUACUUGCUGAUAAGAUUAACCAAAGGCUUGUCUGCAAGUCCUUUAAAUGUUACUUUCUUUUUAAGAAAGCUUAUCCUUGUCAUUGUUCAUACAUUUGAAAUGUUAAAGUAUAGAAUUUUACAUUUUGUUAGUAUAAUGUGGGUAAAUAUUUCUGAAAAUUUUAAAGCGGCAUUAGUCACCAGGUACUUAAAUAUAUUGUCACUAAGUACUGCCUUGCAUAUGCAAAGGAAUUCUAGAAUUCAGAGCUGACAUUCAUUGAACAAACCUUAGGCCUUUUAUAGGUUGGUGCCAUUGUCCCUAUGUUACACCUAAGGAAACAGACUUAGGCCAGUUAAAUAGCAUUACUAUGCCCAAGAUGAUCCAGCUACUAGACAGUAAUCUGUACCUAAGGCAGUGGUGGUUCAGUGGUACAAUUCUCGCCUUCCAUGCAGGAGACCUGGGUUUGAUUCCCAGUAAGUGCAUUUCAUGUGCAGCUACCACCCGACUGUCACUGGAGGUUUGCUAGGUGACUUGACAGCAGCUAACAGUAACAGGGUAACUAUUUUUAAAACAUUUAAUCUACAACUUUAGCCAAACUUUUUAGAAGUCAAUUUCCACUAUUCGUUUAAACAAACAUCUUAAGUCCUGGGACUCCUCUCUAAGGCAUAUGUGGCUAGCCAUUGGGUUUCUUCACUUUUCCUUUUAUACUUUACAGUUCUUGAAGUAAAAAAUUGAGUAGCCACUACAAUUAAUACUGUUUUUAUACUCUUACUGAGAAGCAUUAUUGCAUAGUAGUUAAGAGCAUACAGUCUGGGGCCAAAUUGCCUGUUUGAAUCCUGGCUUUGUCCGGUACUAGCUGUGUACUUACCUCUCUGUGCCUUAAUCUCCUCAUCUGUAAAAUGGGCAUAAUAAAUGUAACUACCUCAAAGGAUUGUUGUGAGGAUUAAAUGAGUUGAUGUACAGUAGGUAAAAGAACAGUCACAAAGUAAGCACCAUAUAUUAUUACUCUGUACUAUGAAGUACUGCUUUAAAACCUCGGGUGAUCAUUACAUGUUUGUUGGUCAAAGCCUAUUCUGGUGUUCUCAGCCCUUAAAUUAAUUCAGCCAGCAUUUAUUAUAUGCCUAUUAUCAUAUGCCAGACUCACAUAAAACAAUGAAAAUGUGGCAGUAUGUAAUAUUAAAUUGGUAGUGUGAUUAUAAAAUGUUAAGAAUAUAUUCAAAAGAAUGUUUACAGAUUUUUUUGAACAGCAAAGUGAAAAAAAUGAAUCAUAAGCUAUACUGAGACUAAUCUUAAGUGUCAGUAAAUGUAUGCAAAUGGAUAGUUAUAUUUGAUUAAAUGAUUUAUGAUAAUGAAGUAUAACUAAUUUGUAGAGCCAUAAAUAAAAAAUGAAAAUUCUCUGGGUUUCUGUAAUGGCUAGAUACUAAACCAGUUACCUCCAUCCAAUCCCUACUUGUUCCAGUGAUUUUUUUUAUUUACUUUGAAUUUAUGUAAUAACUCUGAGGGGAAAUGGGUAAAACAGAGUGGACAUAACUGUAGUCCUGCCCCAAUCAUACUGAGUUUGUAUUGCCACAUAUUAAAAAAAUAUUUCAUUAUAUAAUCUCACAUCAGCAGCUGAGCUAGAAAAGAGGAGUCUUUAAUGGAGUCUUUAAAGGAGUCUCCUUUAAUGAUGACGUUAGGGUAGUGAAGAAGAAAAAAAAAAAAACCCUCCUUGUACUCUUUCUUACAUUCCUUUUCAUACCGGUCUCUACUUUUGUACGUUAAUAACUUACUGUAGAGUAAUAUAAAUUGUGUGGCUCAGCAUGUUCCUCUAAGAUCAGUCAGAAAUGAGAUGAACCAGGCUCCUCGACCUCACCCUUCCUCUCAGCCCUAUUCCAUAGUAAACACGUCAGUUACUUCCCCUCAUUCCUCUAGUGUAAGUCAAUUUCUUAGCUAAACCUUGAAGCUUGUGUCACUGUCUAGUUUUUACCACCCCACACCCCCCAACCGAAAGAAGCAUCCCCAGACAUAAAUGGACAAGGGCUAUUAUCAUCAAGCGUAAUUUGUCCUGCUUCCAACACUUGUGAAUGGAACAUUCCCAUUCGGAGAAAUGAGAAGGCUGGCUUUUGGGGGUCUUCUUGGCAUUGGUUCCUCUGAAUGCCGAAUUUGUUCUCCUUUCCCACUGACUUAUAAGUCUUUUAAGUCUUAUAAUCCUAGUCUUGUGGGUAUAAUACUUAUUUUUACAUCAUGAUAAUGCAUGUCUCUGUUAGUUUAACUGAUCUACAAAGUAUGCUUUAGUGAUUCCAUUUAAACUUGUUUUAAGUAAAAUAUUUGCUUUUGUUUCCUUUAUUAAAUAUCAGCGUACCAAUGUUUAUGAAUAUCAAUAAAAUUUAUUAAAUCCUCAUACAAAACAAUACAAAAGCAUAACUAACCCACCAUUGAUGGACUUUAGGGAAAUUGAAUGACUUAAAGAACACAUACUUUAGCCAUUUAAUUCUUAAGGAUUUUCUUUUAGGUCCUAAUUAUUCUAAUUUAACCACUGUAUUCACAAGGUUCUUAAGUGAUGUAAUGUCUCUUGAGAUACAUGAGGUGUUGAUUUUUCCGCGUACCCGUCAGUUUACUGAAAUAGAUCCAAAUUAUUCAUUCACUUGUGACUCAGGAUAUGGCCUCCCUUAGCGAAUGUUCCAUAUGCAGUUGAAUAUAUUCUGCUAUUAUUGAGUGGUGGUGGUUCUUAUUAGGUGCUGUCAAGUCGAUUCCGACCUGUAGUGACCCCAUGUGACAGCAGAACUAUCCCGUAGGGUUUUCUUGGCUGUAAUCCUUACGGGAGCAGAUCGCUAGGUCUUUGUCCCUCGGAGUCACUGGGUGGGUCUGAACUGCCAGCCUUUUAGCAGCCGAGCACUUAAUCAUUUGCACCACUAGGACUCCUUUAAUGGGUGGAAUGUUCUAUAAAUGUCAGUGAGAGCCAGCUGGUUGAUGGUGUUGUUCAGUUCUUCUGUAUCUUUGCUGAUUUUCUGUCUGGUGGGAAAGAAAUGCUAGAAAGUCUCUAACUAUAAUUGUGCAUUUAUCUCAUUCUCCUUUCAGUUGCCAGUUUUUGUGUCACGUAUUUUGAAAAACUGUUGUUAGGUGUAUACACAUUUUAGAUUGUUAUGUUUUCUUGGUGAACUGACAUUUUAUUAUUAGGAAAUUUAUCCGACAUUAAUAUAACCACUCUGGCUUCUUUUAAUUCAUGUUUGCAUGGUGUAUCUUUUUCCAUCCUUUUUAUUUUAACCCAGCUAUAUCAUAUCAUAACCUAGCUAUAUCAUGAGUUUCUUACAGAUGGCACAUAGUUGGGGUUUUUUUUUUAUUAUUUCAUUCUGACAAUCUUUCUUCUUUUUCUAAAAUUUUAUUGUGCUUUAGGUGAAAGCUUAUG